ACUCAUUAUUUAUAAACACAUACUAUUAUAUAAAGCUCUAACGUAACACCUCCCUAACCUAAACAUAUCCUUGAACCUGAAAACUAAUUCCUCCCUUUGCAGCCGUCCCAACCACCGCUCCGCAUCCCCUCACCGCUCCACUUACCGCUUCCGUCUUCUCCUUUGCCACCACUUCUCUGCAUCGAGCCACCGCUGCCGCCUACUCCCUAGAGCCACCGCUGCCGCCUGCUCUCCAACAUAAUUUAUGGACACAACAUGUGAAUUAGUUUCUCCGUCUCAUCCCUGGCUUGCUAUUCGUUACAGCAAGGACGAAACAUACAUAAAAGAGGGGAAUAUUCUGUUCAAUUUAUCCGACAAUAAAUGUUAUAAAGAUAUCAUCCCCGACGUGCAAGAUAAAGUGAUAUGUACUAGUUUUAGAGGAUGGUUUAUGUUGAAAGACGACCGCGAGUCAAAAGAUUAUUAUCUUUUGAAUCCUAUAUUAACGAAGAAAAUUGAGCUUCCGUCUUUAGAAUGUGGUGAAGAAGAUAUUUUUUAUAUUUUAUCAUCGUCUCCGCUUAAUUCUAAUUGUUAUGUGUUGUGUAUUAGCAAUACGGAGAAGGCGAUAUGGUUUUGUCAACCAGGUGAUGAGAAAUUUAUCAAGCGAGAAUUUUUUGAGCCGUUGUAUUCUCCGACAAUGUUUCAAGGGAAGUUGUACUGUGCAACCGUAUCAUAUCAACUGGUGGUUAUAGAUUUUAAAGGGCCAGAGCUUGAAUUCACUGCAAUUAGUACGGAGCAUGAUCACUUUGAUAUUUUUGGUGGUACAUUAUUUUCAAGAAUGAGAAACCAAAAUUAUCUGAUUGAAUUUCAUGACGAGCUCUUGUAUGUUUCUAAGAUUUACUACGGGUUUUAUAAUGACGACGUGGCGACAUUUAUUGUUUCUAAAUUUGACGUGUCAAGGAAUCGGUGGAUGAAAAUGGAUAGUAUUGGAAAUUGGACAAUAUUUCUCUCUUUUGAAAGGGGAACCUGUUGCAUUACAGGAGAAACAACAAGAGUGAAGAAGAAUUCAAUCUAUUUUGUGAAUAUGGCGGAGGAUAGAUGUUUGUAUGUUUAUGAUAUAAAAGACAAUAGUAUGUCAAUGUCUUUACCUUGUGAUGUAGAUAUAUGUGGAUUUGAAUGGGUAAAAUUCGUUGAUCAUUGAAGUCCUUGUAUACCUCUUUCUGGUAAGUUAGUUAUUUUUAUUUAGUAAGUUUAAUAAUUUAU